AUGAACAAAGAUGGCCGCCGCCCGAGUCUUCGAGCUCAGUGGGAGCAGAAGGCUCAGAGCAUCGCAGACCAGAACCAGCAAGAGAAGGACUGGAGGAGGAAGAGCACCAUGACAGUACGAGAAUCUAAAUGGUCGUACCACCACCAGCUCAUCAACAAAGGUCCGUCUGAGUUCCAGAAAGCCACGAGUUGCCAUGACGAAGAGGAUUCCAAGCCGAAGAUCCGCUUCAAAGUGGUGGCCCCGCCCCCUCCAAGGCCUAAAACGCCGCCUGCGGCCAAAACCCCCGCCCCGCGCAGAGGAGACUCCCCCAAACUCAGGGUCAAGCGUAAAGUGGAGGUGGACGUCUUCAAAAUCUGCUGGAGAGACUCCUGGAUGAGCCUGAAGCCUCCAAAGUACCUGUUCCUGAAGAUGAUGGAGCUUCGUGAGCGCCUGGGCUUCACCCCCAUUCACCUGGUCCCUAAGGUCCCCAUGGUCCCCAUGGUCCCCAAAGUUAAGGAGACCAGGGCCCCUCUCCCAGAGCUCUGGAGCCAGUCCUGGAGGAAGAUGAGGAGUUCCCCAUGGUGUGUGUAUGAGGAGGUGCUGCAGUGGGAGGUGCUCUGUGCUCAGAGGCCUCCUCUCUGCGCCUCCAUCGCUCCGUACUCGCUCCCCGUUUGGGCCGGGACCUGGAAGAUCAUGAACUUUGCGUUUCGGCAGCAGAAGACCAUGUGGGACCUCCCAUGGUCCUACUACCAGCAGACCCCCACAGAGCGCCUCCCCCUCAUCCUUAACAUUGACGAGGAGGUGAGUGAGAGGAAGAGCAAACCUGACAGAGACCUGACAGAGAACCUGACAGAGAACCUGACAGAGAACCUGACUGAGAACCUGACUGAGAACCUGACAGAGAACCUGACAGAGAACCUGACUGAGAACCUGACUGAGAACCUGACUGAGAACCUGACAGAGAACCUGACUCAGAACCUGACAGAGAACCUGACUCUGAACCUGACAGAGAACCUGACAGAGAACCUGACAGAGAACCUGACAGAGAACCUGACAGAGAACCUGACUGAGAACCUGACUGAGAACCUGACAGAGAACCUGACAGAGAACCUGACUGAGAACCUGACUGAGAACCUGACAGAGAACCUGACUCUGAACCUGACAGAGAACCUGACUGAGAACCUGACAGAGAACCUGACAGAGAACCUGACUGAGAACCUGACUGAGAACCUGACAGAGAACCUGACUGAGAACCUGACAGAGAACCUGACAGAGAUCCUGACAGAGAACCUGACAGAGAACCUGACAGAGAACCUGACAGAGAACCUGACAGAGAACCUGACUGAGAACCUGACUGAGAACCUGACAGAGAACCUGACAGAGAACCUGACUGAGAACCUGACUGAGAACCUGACAGAGAACCUGACUGAGAACCUGACUGAGAACCUGACAGAGAACCUGACAGAGAACCUGACUGAGAACCUGACUGAGAACCUGACAGAGAACCUGACAGAGAACCUGACUGAGAACCUGACAGAGAACCUGACAGAGAACCUGACAGAGAACCUGACUGAGAACCUGACAGAGAACCUGACAGAGAACCUGACAGAGAACCUGACAGAGAACCUGACUGAGAACCUGACUGAGAACCUGACAGAGAACCUGACAGAGAACCUGACAGAGAACCUGACAGAGAACCUGACAGAGAACCUGACUGAGAACCUGACUGAGAACCUGACAGAGAUCCUGACAGAGAACCUGACAGAGAACCUGACAGAGAACCUGACUGAGAACCUGACAGAGAACCUGACAGAGAACCUGACUGAGAACCUGACAGAGAACCUGACUGAGAACCUGACAGAGAACCUGACUGAGAACCUGACUGAGAACCUGACUGAGAACCUGACUGAGAACCUGACUGAGAACCUGACAGAGAACCUGACUGAGAACCUGACUGAGAACCUGACUGAGAACCUGACAGAGAACCUGACAGAGAACCUGACUGAGAACCUGACUGAGAACCUGACAGAGAACCUGACAGAGAACCUGACUGAGAACCUGACAGAGAACCUGACAGAGAACCUGACAGAGAACCUGACUGAGAACCUGACAGAGAACCUGACAGAGAACCUGACAGAGAACCUGACAGAGAACCUGACUGAGAACCUGACUGAGAACCUGACAGAGAACCUGACAGAGAACCUGACAGAGAACCUGACAGAGAACCUGACAGAGAACCUGACUGAGAACCUGACUGAGAACCUGACAGAGAUCCUGACAGAGAACCUGACAGAGAACCUGACAGAGAACCUGACUGAGAACCUGACAGAGAACCUGACAGAGAACCUGACUGAGAACCUGACAGAGAACCUGACUGAGAACCUGACAGAGAACCUGACUGAGAACCUGACUGAGAACCUGACUGAGAACCUGACAGAGAACCUGACAGAGAACCUGACUGAGAACCUGACAGAGAACCUGACAGAGAACCUGACUGAGAACCUGACUGAGAACCUGACAGAGAACCUGACAGAGAACCUGACAGAGAACCUGACAGAGAACCUGACAGAGAACCUGACAGAGAACCUGACUGAGAACCUGACUGAGAACCUGACAGAGAACCUGACAGAGAACCUGACAGAGAACCUGACAGAGAACCUGACAGAGAACCUGACUGAGAACCUGACUGAGAACCUGACAGAGAACCUGACAGAGAACCUGACUGAGAACCUGACUGAGAACCUGACAGAGAACCUGACAGAGAACCUGACAGAGAACCUGACUGAGAACCUGACUGAGAACCUGACAGAGAACCUGACUGAGAACCUGACAGAGAACCUGACUGAGAACCUGACUGAGAACCUGACUGAGAACCUGACAGAGAACCUGACAGAGAACCUGACAGAGAACCUGACAGAGAACCUGACAGAGAACCUGACUGAGAACCUGACUGAGAACCUGACAGAGAACCUGACAGAGAACCUGACAGAGAACCUGACAGAGAACCUGACUGAGAACCUGACAGAGAACCUGACAGAGAUCCUGACAGAGAACCUGACAGAGAACUUGACAGAGAACCUGACAGAGAACCUGACUGAGAACCUGACAGAGAACCUGACAGAGAACCUUACUGAGAACCUGACAGAGAACCUGACAGAGAACCUGACUGAGAACCUGACUGAGAACCUGACAGAGAACCUGACAGAGAACCUGACAGAGAACCUGACAGAGAACCUGACUGAGAACCUGACAGAGAACCUGACAGAGAUCCUGACAGAGAACCUGACAGAGAACAUGACAGAGAACCUGACAGAGAACCUGACUGAGAACCUGACAGAGAACCUGACAGAGAACCUUACUGAGAACCUGACAGAGAACCUGACAGAGAUCCUGACAGAGAACCUGACAGAGAACCUGACAGACAACCUGACUGAGAACCUGACAGAGAACCUGACAGACAACCUGACUGAGAACCUGACAGAGAACCUGACAGAGAACCUGACAGAGAACCUGACUGAGAACCUGACUGAGAACCUGACAGAGAACCUGACAGAGAACCUGACUGAGAACCUGACUGAGAACCUGACAGAGAACCUGACAGAGAACCUUACUGAGAACCUGACAGAGAACCUGACAGAGAUCCUGACAGAGAACCUGACAGAGAACCUGACAGACAACCUGACUGAGAACCUGACAGAGAACCUGACAGACAACCUGACUGAGAACCUGACAGAGAACCUGACAGAGAACCUGACAGAGAACCUGACUGAGAACCUGACUGAGAACCUGACAGAGAACCUGACAGAGAACCUGACUGAGAACCUGACUGAGAACCUGACAGAGAACCUGACAGAGAACCUGACUGAGAACCUGACUGAGAACCUGACAGAGAACCUGACAGAGAACCUGACAGAGAACCUGACAGAGAUCCUUACAGAGAACCUGACAGAGAACCUGACAGACAACCUGACUGAGAACCUGACAGAGAACCUGACAGACAACCUGACUGAGAACCUGACAGAGAACCUGACAGAGAACCUGACAGAGAACCUGACUGAGAACCUGACUGAGAACCUGACAGAGAACCUGACAGAGAACCUGACUGAGAACCUGACUGAGAACCUGACAGAGAACCUGACAGAGAACCUUACUGAGAACCUGACAGAGAACCUGACAGAGAUCCUGACAGAGAACCUGACAGAGAACCUGACAGACAACCUGACUGAGAACCUGACAGAGAACCUGACAGACAACCUGACUGAGAACCUGACAGAGAACCUGACAGAGAACCUGACAGAGAACCUGACUGAGAACCUGACUGAGAACCUGACAGAGAACCUGACAGAGAACCUGACUGAGAACCUGACUGAGAACCUGACAGAGAACCUGACAGAGAACCUGACUGAGAACCUGACAGAGAACCUGACAGAGAACCUGACUGAGAACCUGACAGAGAACCUGACUGAGAACCUGACUGAGAACCUGACAGAGAACCUGACUCUGAACCUGACAGAGAACCUGACAGAGAACCUGACAGAGAACCUGACUGAGAACCUGACAGAGAACCUGACUGAGAACCUGACUGAGAACCUGACAGAGAACCUGACUCUGAACCUGACAGAGAACCUGACAGAGAACCUGACUGAGAACCUGACUGAGAACCUGACAGAGAACCUGACAGAGAACCUGACUGAGAACCUGACUGAGAACCUGACUGAGAACCUGACAGAGAACCUGACAGAGAACCUGACUGAGAACCUGACUGAGAACCUGACAGAGAACCUGACUCUGAACCUGACUCUGAACCUGACAGAGAACCUGACAGAGAACCUGACAGAGAACCUGACUGAGAACCUGACUGAGAACCUGACUGAGAACCUGACAGAGAACCUGACAGAGAACCUGACUGAGAACCUGACUGAGAACCUGACUGAGAACCUGACAGAGAACCUGACAGAGAACCUGACAGAGAACCUGACAGAGAACCUGACAGAGAACCUGACAGAGAACCUGACAGAGAACCUGACUGAGAACCUGACAGAGAACCUGACAGAGAACCUGACUGAGAACCUGACAGAGAACCUGACAGAGAACCUGACUGAGAACCUGACAGAGAACCUGACAGAGAACCUGACAGAGAACCUGACAGAGAACCUGACAGAGAACCUGACAGAGAACCUGACAGAGAACCUGACAGAGAACCUGACAGAGAACCUGACAGAGAACCUGACAGAGAACCUGACAGAGAACCUGACAGAGAACCUGACAGAGAACCUGACAGAGAACCUGACAGAGAACCUGACAGAGAACCUGACAGAGAACCUGACAGAGAACCUGACAGAGAACCUGACAGAGAACCUGACAGAGAACCUGACAGAGAACCUGACUGAGAACCUGACAGAGAACCUGACUGAGAACCUGACUGAGAACCUGACAGAGAACCUGACUGAGAACCUGACUGAGAACCUGACUGAGAACCUGACUGAGAACCUGACUGAGAACCUGACAGACAACCUGACAGAGAACCUGACAGAGAACCUGACUGAGAACCUGACUGAGAACCUGACAGAGAACCUGACUCUGAACCUGACAGAGAACCUGACAGAGAACCUGACAGAGAACCUGACUGAGAACCUGACUGAGAACCUGACUGAGAACCUGACUGAGAACCUGACAGAGAACCUGACAGAGAACCUGACUGAGAACCUGACAGAGAACCUGACAGAGAACCUGACUGAGAACCUGACUGAGAACCUGACAGAGAACCUGACAGAGAACCUGACAGAGAACCUGACAGAGAACCUGACUGAGAACCUGACGAGAACCUGA